AUGGGGAAGGAGUUAGCGGAGACAAACGAGUCACUCAAACCUCUGGGCAAUGCUUUGAUUUUAUACGAAAUUAGCAGUGAGGGAGAGGAUGGAAGCAAAUCUGUUACAAAAUAUACUAUCGAAUUAACUGGAGACGGAAAGGGAAAGGUUUAUCAAGGAGAGCCUAGUGGAGAUCAAAAACAAGCUCAAAAACAAGAUAAGAAGCCUACUAAGGUGACUGUUUCUAUUGCGGAUGAAGACUUUGUUAGGCUAGUUAAUGGGGAUUUGGAUGGUACAAAGGUGGGAGAAUUAAAUUAA